UGAAACUAAGCCUGCCUGGUUUGGGUAAAAAACGCUAUAUAGUUUUGUUCAACUGUCAAUUGUGAAAACUGCAAACGAAAAAUUUUAGAAUGUUUUUUGAGAUGUAACAACAAUGUCAAUGGUUUUUGACUCAUACACAAACUACGAAAUACCAAUCCAAUUCAAAUCCACUCUUUAUUUUUACUUUCACUUUCUCGGAAGCAAUUUCAUAGCUUAAAUCCUUCUUGGUUAUCAACAAUGCUCCCUGGAUUCGUUACUGCCAGGAGAUUUAUUUCUACUUCGACUCCUUUCACUCAGAGAUUAAAACAAACAGAAAAUGAGAUUGUUAAAAUGUUUCGGUUGCCUGAUUCCCAAGAAGAAAACCACUACGUUCCAAUGGAAGGAAGGAGAGUAUUGAGGAAGGAUCCAAAUGCUAGAAAAUUGGAUGAAAGGUUCAUUAGGAUUUUGAAAAUAUUUAAAUGGGGGCCUGAUGCAGAAAAGGCUUUGGAAGUGUUGAAGCUUAAGCUUGAUAUUCGCUUAGUUCGCGAAGUUUUGAAGAUAGAUGUUGAGGUCCAUGUGAAGAUUCAGUUUUUUAAGUGGGCUGGGAAGAAAAGGAAUUUUGAACAUGAUUCGACAACUUAUAUGGCUUUGAUACGAUGCUUAGAUGAAAAUAGGUUGGUUGGUGAACUGUGGAGGACAAUACAAGACAUGGUUAAGAGUCCAUGUGCAAUUGGUCCUUCUGAAUUGUCUGAAAUUGUGAAAAUCUUGGGCAGGGUUAAGAUGGUUAACAAGGCAUUAUCCAUUUUUUAUCAGGUUAAGGGUCGCAAGUGCAGACCUACAGCAGGCACUUACAACUCUGUCAUCUUGAUGUUGAUGCAAGAGGGGCAUCAUGAAAAAGUUCAUGAGCUGUAUAAUGAAAUGUGUAGUGAGGGACAUUGUUUCCCUGAUACAGUUACAUAUAGUGCACUUAUAUCAGCGUUUGGAAAACUAAAUCGCGAUGAUUCUGCCGUAAGAUUAUUUGAUGAGAUGAAGGAGAAUGGAUUACAGCCAACAGCAAAAAUUUAUACAACGUUAAUGGGUAUAUACUUUAAGUUGGGUAAGGUCGAGGAAGCGUUGAACCUAGUCCACGAGAUGAGAAUGCGGCGGUGCGUCCCAACGGUCUAUACUUAUACAGAAUUGAUAAGGGGAUUGGGGAAAUCCGGGAGGGUUGAAGACGCAUACGGAGUAUACAAGAAUAUGCUGAAAGAUGGUUGCAAACCAGAUGUUGUCCUCAUGAAUAAUUUAAUUAACAUUUUGGGUAGAUCAGAUCGCUUAAAAGAGGCUGUUGAGCUUUUUGAGGAAAUGAGAUUGCUUAAUUGCACACCUAAUGUUGUGACAUACAACACCAUUAUCAAAUCUCUAUUUGAGGAUAAAGCCCCACCUUCUGAGGCUUCUUCAUGGUUAGAGAGAAUGAAAAAAGAUGGAGUAGUUCCCAGCUCAUUUACAUAUUCAAUUCUCAUCGAUGGUUUCUGCAAAACAAAUCGAGUUGAAAAGGCUUUGCUGCUUCUUGAGGAGAUGGAUGAAAAAGGCUUUCCCCCUUGUCCUGCUGCCUACUGCAGCCUGAUCAAUAGCCUUGGUAAAGCAAAACGUUAUGAGGCUGCAAAUGAGCUGUUCCAAGAAUUGAAAGAGAACUGUGGAAGUUCGAGUGUGCGUGUAUAUGCUGUCAUGAUUAAACAUUUUGGAAAAUGUGGACGAUUCAAUGAAGCUAUGGGUCUUUUCAAUGAGAUGAAAAAACUUGGAUGCAUCCCCGAUGUUUAUGCUUAUAAUGCGCUCAUAACUGGGAUGGUAAGGGCAGACAUGAUGGACGAAGCUUUUUCUUUGUUUCGAACUAUGGAAGAAAAUGGUUGCAACCCAGAUAUAAACUCACAUAACAUCAUACUAAAUGGCUUGGCUAGGACCGGUGGCCCGAAGCGUGCUAUGGAAAUGUUCGCGAAAAUGAAGAGUUCUACUAUCAAGCCGGAUGCGGUUUCUUACAACACAGUUCUUGGCUGCCUUAGUCGUGCAGGACUAUUUGAAGAGGCUACUAAGCUUAUGAAGGAAAUGAAUUCAAAGGGAUUCGAGUAUGAUCUAAUCACCUACUCUUCAAUACUCGAGGCAGUUGGUAAGGUUGAUGAAGAUCGUAAUAUGGCAGAGUCGUGAAAACCACCUUGUAUUACCUUUUUUAGUAACCGUGCAAUGCGUAUAAAUCAAUGGAAAAUGCUUAUUGUUACUAGAGAAAUCUGACAAGAAACUUAAGAAUCCUAUGUGACUUCAUGUAACACUUACAAAUAACAACCACUCACUUAAGUCACAGAACUUUGGUGCAAAUGUUCGAAGUGAACAAGUGAUAUACACCAUUUAUUCGGACUUGUACGUCAUAUUUAGGAAGGGUUCUAAAAGUUCUAUUGUACUUAUACUAUUAUGGUAUAAGCCUUCACUCAAAUGUUUGCAUGAACUUAUGAAAUAUUUUAUGUUAGCUUAUUGUCACAAGUCUAUAUUUUUCAGUUGUUACGGUUCAAUUUAUUUUAAUUACUGUUGUAUAUGAUAGCUGGUGUAUAUGGCAUUACAAAUAGAUGAUGUUGCUACUUA